ACGCUGUACCUCACUUUUGACGUCACAGUCUGCGCCUCUCACUGGGCGACGGGCGAGUGGGUGUGUUUAACGGGGGGCUUCAUUCAUAAAUACAAAAAGAUUUUAAAGCCCAAAUUCAGGAGAAGACCGGUGGAAUCGUUCGCGAGCUUCCCCUCUUUCGUCUCAUGGACCACGUGAAUUAGAGUUCGGGGGGACACUCUCUCUGGCUUGGACCAUGAGCAAUGACUCUGCCAUAUUGACAAACUCAACAGCAGAACCCCCAACCAAUGGCACGUUGUCGUCAGAGACACAGAAUGGCUACGUCCUCCUGCUGGUCCUCUUGUCCAUUUUUGUCGGGGGGACACUGGUCCUGCUCUCUGUCCUUCUGAUUGUCUGUCGCCGCUGUUGUGAAGGAGACAGACGUCAUGCAUGGUUCAUUGUUUGCCUCAGGGCUAGCGAUGACACCGAGAAAAGUAACACCACCUAUAUUGAAGAAGCCCAGCCGGUGCACGAGAUUACGAUUCGUGUGGAUGAGUCAGAUUGCCUGUCGGCUGCCAGCUCCCACGACAUGGAGACGGAGCGUUUCCUCUCAACGGGCACAACCGGCCGCCGGGUCUCCUUCAACGAAGCCGCACUCUUCGAUCACAGCAAGAAAACACAGGAGAAAGGGCGAAGGUACACACUAACUGAGGGCGACUUCCACCACCUGAAGAAUGCGCGUCUCACACACCUCCACCUCCCUCCACCCGCCCUCCAGAUCCUCACCAUCCAUGAGUGUGAGUCUUCAGAGAACAGCCUCGCCAUGAUGACGCGUCCCGUCGCCAAAUCCAGCCUGUCCAUCUUUCAGCCACCAGUAUGUUCACUGCCCCAGACUGCCCUGACCAGCCGGACUCUCAGUCCCAGCUCUGCCCUUCCUGGAGACACUCUCAAUUCCACUGUGGACACAACAUUCUGUGAAAGCAUCACAAAAGCCGGCGCUGAGCCCUCAAGCCCAUGUCUGUUGGAGGUCAGAGGGGGAGUCGGCAGGGGCGCAGACAUCAUGGGUAAUGGUAGAGAGGCUGCGUCGGCCUCAGCCACGGCUCUGUCCUCAUCUGGCGGGGUCUCACAGGGUCCAAUGCUGCAGUUCUUCACUAAGCUCCGCCGUCACGCCAGUCUGGAGGGAGCAAGUCCAUACUUCAAGAUCAAGAAGUGGAAGUUUGACAGCAGCCAGAGAGCUUCAAGUCUCGACAUGAGAGGCUCUCCCAAACGGAGGCAGUUCCAGCGGCAGCGCGCAGCCAGCGAGAGUAUGGACCAGGAAGAGCAUGACGCCCAUCACAUUGACCUCAUCCAGUACAUCGCUCGCACUAAGGAUAUUACAUACUGCCCGGCCCGAGCCAGUCCACGUCUUCUAUCCCCCCCUUCCACACCCCCACCCCCCCUCGGCAGGUUAGAGGUGGAGGUGAUGGUGGAGCCCAGUUGCAGCAGAGCGUUGGGUCCUGGGGUGAUCGGCCUUACCUCCGAGCCCCCAGAUGAAAGUCUUGGAAUGGGUUUUCAUCAAGAAAGCUUAGAACCUCAGACCUUAUACCGUGAUAUAUGGACUCUUCGCGCCUCUCUUGAGCGUUAUGUCUCAUCCGACCAGAGCAGCAACAAUGACAGAGACUCAGUCCGUAGUGACGCAGAGAGCGUGUGUUCUCUCGGGGGUAAGUACGAAAUGGGAGGGCUUCCUAGGUACCCUUCGCAGGAUAUUGGUGAUGAAAUGGAGGGAGAUGCAGACUUGCCUUUAGAAGAGAGUUCUGAGAAAGGUCGUAAACAGGAUAGUGUUGAUUCUGAAAGAGGAAGUGAUGGGGAGCCAGGAAACCGCAAGCUUCUACAAAUGGACAGUGGUUACGCCUCAAUUGAAGCACCUUCACGUGCUCCCGAAGAGCUGAGACUGUUUGGAAGCAGCAGCAGCAGCAGCAAGGAUGGCUCCGCCAUGGAGCGCAGGCACUUCUUCAGUUCUGGCCAUAAAGGGACCGUGUGUGAGAGCUUCGACACAGACAUCUUAGAUGAAGAACUUGAAGAGGAGCCCACGGGUGCCAGUGGUGGAGUGGAUGGAGUGGAAACAAGCGAGAGCACUAUGCUUUGGUCCCCGUAUGGCCAAAUGUUCACUCAACGCGAUGCUCAACCUCAUCCCCCAGUUCUUUCCCGCCGUGACUACAGCAUUGAUGAGAAAACUGAAGCACUUUUCCAUGAGUUCUUAAGGCAUGACCCACAGUUUGAUCAGCAGGAGUCUCCGCUACGCUCCAAGCAUCGUUCUCGUGUGCACCUGCGGAAGCAGUGGCAGCGUUCCAAGCAGUACAGUGACCCCGGCCAGCGCUUCCAAACCUCUUUUGACCGGUAUCGCACUCCACUCCGACGUGGUGAAACUGUCAACUAUCCUCUAGAAACUAGCUACCAGAGCACGCUCCCACGAAUCAUUAGUGCACCUGAUGAAGAGAGCAGUGAAGGUGCAACUAGUACUCCAGAGAUUCCCAAGGGAGACCAGGAUGCCACUACCGAUGUGGAUCCAGACAAGACAAGAAUAUCUUCCAGCAGCGAAAGCAGCGGAAUCAUCCAUAAGAAGGAAUUCCUUGAGGCAUCAAAGCCCCUGCCAAUGACUGACAUUGCUGGAGAGCAAUCUGUGGGUCGGGAGAACUCUAGGCAAGUGUUGCCACCUCCUGAUGAACCUACCCCCGAAUGUACAAGCUACGGACCACAGACAAUCACAGAAGAGCUCAGCGACAAGCUAGCAGCUACUCUUGAAGAGCGCCUAUACUCGGAUCUUCGCAGGACCAGGGAAACACCUGAGUGCAGUACAGUGACUAUGACUCACACAUCGCCAGAUCACAGUCCAGUGUAGCAUGUGGCUCCCUUCAUCUCCUCGUACUUCAUGGCAACUACAGGUCUAAAAUUUUGUUUGGCAUUGGCUAUGAUCUGGAACAGGUUUGCUCUGGUCAUUUUAAAGACGUUGAAAUCUUUGUUUUUAUGUCCUAUACCAAUGGUGUAGAGACGUUUCUUCCAUGCCCAGUGUUAAAUAAAUGGCAAUUAAGGCUCAUACCUCACAUUGUUUGACGCACCAAGUCUUUAAUGAAAUGUCAAAGUCUGUUAUUAAAGCUCUCCAUUUAGCUACGUGUUGACUUCAAAAGCCAAUAUUUUCUCUGCACUAGGUAAUCCACUGUGAAAUUGGGUGCUAUUAGAUUAAAGAUUGAUUAUAUUUGUAAGUGCAUCAAUUAUAACGCAGUGCUGCCUAUUGGGAUGUUUGAUGAUGAUCUAAAUUAAUAUUACUUUCUUCUACCUAUUUUUAAAACCUACAAGUUCCGCUCUCUGUGCAGUUGCUGUGUUUUACUUUAGUUUUCUUUUGGAAGUUGUGAUGGAACAACAUACUAUUUAUUAAAAACAUCUGGGGUUUUGUUGUAUAGCUAAAUUUGCUAUCAGAUUUAGAAUUUCAGGAUAAAAUAAUUGGGGAAAAUGGUAGAUAAGUCUUUGUGUAGACAUGUCACAACCUAUAUUUCAAAACAACAUUAUUAAUACUAAAUGUCUUGAAUUAUCUAAAACUCCACAAUAACUAUUAGGUUCCAUGUCAAACCUUUGACAUUUUAACUUCCCAGUGUUUGUAAUUUAGGGUUAAACGACAUGAGAUUAGUUGCACUAAAGCACUAGAUGGUAGCUUGUUCCCCACCGACAUGUUCACAUUACAUUAUUAGGUGUCCUUGUCAUUUAACUGUGUUGUCUUAUCAUUGAAGUGAUAAAACUGCCUCUUUGUGAGAUGUUGUAAUUUUUUGACCAUUGAAAUAUUAUUAUAAUUAUUGUGCUUUUC